AUGACAGACGAUGGUUUCAAAAUGGACAGUGAUAUUAAUGUAAACGAUGUUCAAGGCCAAAGAAACAUUUCUGGACGAGAUACCAAUGCUAUAUCGGUUGAUGUACAAGUUACAGAGGUUGUAGAUAAUGGCGAUGUGAUAGACGCAAGACGGAAUGAAAACAGACAUGAUCAAAUAAUUGAGAAUGAUUCGGUAAUCACAAGAGCAAACAAUUACAGCAUGGAAAUAAUGGACAAGACCUAUACAAAAAUUGGAGGCGCUCGUGGAAAUGUGAAGAUCGAACGCAAGUCAUAUACUCAAACUGAUUUCGAUGGCGAAUUUGGUUUCUACAUCCCAGAUGAAAAAAUAAUACCGAAAGUAAAACGGAAAAUCAAACGAGCAUGUACCUGUUCAAAAAAUGACAUCUUACCGUUUAUAUGUCGCAUUAUUCCCAUGAUUGGAACGCUCAAAAACUAUAAGUGGAAAAAGGACAUUGUUGGCGAUAUUGUUUCAGGGAUUAGUGUCGGAGUUGUCCAUAUUCCACAAAGCAUGGGGUUUGCUGCAUUAGCGUUCGUACCACCUGUCUAUGGUCUCUAUUCUGCCACGUGGCCUGUCUUUCUCUAUUGUAUACUGGGGUCGUCAAGACAUGUCUCUUUCGGCACAAUGGCCGUCAUUGCCCUAAUGGUUGGAGUUGUAGUAAAGAGACAAAGAGAUGCAUUUGAAAGUAACUAUAAUGGAACUAUGACAAAUCUAACCGCAUAUGAACAAGAAGAAUACGACUUACAAGUGGAGCAGGUCAGUGUCGAUGCUGCCCUCUCGGUGUCCUUUAUCGCAGGAAUGUUCCAAAUAGGAUUUGGCAUUUGUCAGCUGGGUUUCAUUACAAUGUACUUGUCGGACGCUUUCAUAAGUGCGUUUGUAACAGCUGCGUCAGUUCAUGUUUUAUCAAGUCAAGUUCGAUUUAUGCUUGGAAUUCACACCCUGGUGUAUCCCUACAGUGGGCCCUUAAAACUAAUUUACACCUACAGGGACGUCUUCCUCAACAUUCACGACUCCAACACCGUUGAUGUCAUCACGUCCGUUGUUGCUAUAAUCGUCUUAGUUGCGAUCAAGAUGGGAAUCAACGAACGCUUCUCGCAUAAACUCAAAGUCCCAAUACCUGCAGACUUCAUUGUUUUGGUCUCCGGGCUCCUAAUAUCGCAUUAUGGGAAAUUUCACACCCAUUAUAACGUCAAAGUUAUCGGUGAAAUCCCCCUCGGAGUUCAAACGCCAAGGAUUCCUCCAAUGGAGGGCGCUACUGGUUAUAUUGGUGACGCAGUUGUAAUUGCUAUAGUUGGGUAUACCAUUGCCAUCUCUAUGGCAAAGCUAUACGCUCAGAGAUACAAAUACACCGUGAAUGAUAACCAGGAAAUGAUUGCUGGUGGUGUAGCUAAUGGAGUCGGGGCCAUCCUCCAUUGUUUCGCAGGGACCGUAGCGCCACCUCGCUGUAUUCUCCACGAGAAGGCCGGUGGAAAGACACAGAUCGCUUUCGUAGUCUCAGCCCUGAUUUUAUUCCUCGUAAUCAUGGUGAUGGGACCACUAUUUUAUAACAUUCAGAACUCCUUACUUGGAGCUAUUAUAUGCGUAGCAAUAGCACCGAUGUUUGGACAUGUUCGUAAUCUGAAACUCCUCUGGAACAUUGACAAAAUUGACUUUCUUAUCUGGCUCGUUACCUUUCUCGCUGGAGUCAUCCUUGAUCUUGACUAUGGUCUCUACGUUGGUGUCGGUUUCUCCUUUCUCACUAUCAUCAUACGCUCUCAGUUCAUAAACAGCGCCAGUGCCUCGAAUGCGCCCAACACGGAGAUAUACGUUGACCAUAAAACAUACAAUGUCAAGAAACCUACCCGCGUUUACGUAUACCAGUUUAACUCACCCUUACUCUUCACGAACGUGCAGUCGUUCAAAUCAAGAUUGUUAAAGGAAACUGGGCCGCCAUUGGAGAUAGAGAAAGUUUCUUUAGAAACAACUGGAAUUGAAGUCGGAGAAACUGAACGAAGGAAAGCCAUAGUGAUAGAUUGCAAGGCUAUUGCAUACGCUGACUCUGCCGGGGCGAAGUGUUUGAGGAAGCUACAGAGCGAAUACCGGGCGGCGGGACAAGACUUUGUGUUUGCGAACUGUACAAAGUCCCUCCAGACAUUGAUUAUCAAACAAAUCAACAUUGACGGUGGAGUAGUUUCCGACUCUGACUUCUAUAUUACAGUGCACGAUGCAGUAGUUGACUUGACUUAAAGGCCCCAUGUAACGUUUAGAAAUAUGUUUUAUCAUUCAAUUACUUUUUUUCGGGAUGUUUCAAAAAGAAAUUUGGGUUAUUAAAGUUGUCAGCUUUUAUUUCUCAAAUUCUCAAAAUUUCCGCCAUUUUUCA